AUGAUGUCCGGCCAGCGACUGCAAGGCUGCCGCUCGCUGCACCUCAACGAGGACAACGGCCGCUUCGCGCUGCUCGCCCUCCUCAUCAUCCUGUACCUGCUGUGCGGCGCCGCGGUCUUCUCGGCCAUCGAGCGGCCCUCGGAGCUCCGGGCCCAUGGCCGCUGGAACGGGACGCUCCUCAACUUCAGCGAGACCUUCAACGUCAGCCUGCGGGACCUCAACUCCUUCCUGCGGGAGUACGAGGCAGCCAUUGCCGCCGGCAUCCGGGCGGACGCUCUGAGGCCACGAUGGGAUUUUACAGGGGCUUUUUAUUUUGUUGGAACUGUGGUGUCGACUAUAGGUUUCGGGAUGACCACACCGGUGACGGUCGCAGGAAAGGUGUUCCUGAUAUUUUAUGGUCUCCUGGGCUGCGCUGCCACCAUCCUCUUCUUUAACCUUUUCCUGGAGCGCAUCAUCACUCUGCUGGCCGUAGUGAUGAAGGCCGUAAGGGAGCGACGAAUCAGGAACAGCGGUCUUCUCCCGCCAGGCAUCCGCCAUGACUUCUCAGCCUACUCCCUCCCAGGCUGGAAGCCCUCUGUGUACCACGUGAUGCUGAUUCUCGGCCUGUCAGCCAUCACUAUCUCCUGCUGUGCAUCAGCCAUGUACACCCCCGUUGAGGGCUGGGCGUACUUAGACUCGCUCUACUUCUGCUUCGUCACCUUCAGCACCAUCGGCUUUGGGGACUACGUCAGCAGCCAGGUUGCCGAUUAUGAACAGCAAAGCCUCUACAGGGUGGCCAACUUCCUUUUCAUGCUGAUGGGCGUGUGCUGCAUCUACUCGCUCUUCAAUGUCAUCUCUAUCGUCAUCAAGCAGGUGCUCAACUGGAUCCUCGAGAAAAUGAGCUGCUUGUUUUGCCAGCGCUGCAGUAACGCCAAUGCCUUACUGGGAAGACGCAACGCGAUCCGACCGGGCUCCCGGGGUCGCCAGAGUCGGUUCGGCCAGCCGUCCGACUCCGAAGGACCUUGUGAUAGUGACACUGAGGGACGCAGACUAUCUGGGGAGAUGAUCUCCAUGAAAGACCUGGCAGCCUCUAACAAGGUGUCACUGGCCCUCAUGCAGAAGCAGCUGUCUGAGUCAGCUAAUGGAUAUCCCAGGACAGUCUGCGGCAGCUCGCGCCAUAAUGGUUUCUCUGGGGGGGUUGGCGCCCUCGGAAUCAUGAACAACAGGCUGGCAGAGACGAGUAACUCCAGGUAG